AUGGAGUUGGUUUGCAAAGUGUUUUUGGUUGUUCUACUUCCUUUGCACAGUCUGGGGAAAGACUGGGAACUUACUGAGAGGUUUAUUUCCCUGGCUGGGCCUCUUACGGAUGAGUUAGUAAGUAAUUUACACUUUGAAAGCAGACAUGUAAGAGGGGCAACCGUUCAUUCUGGCUCAGCACAAACAGAGUAUCUUUGCCACUGGCCUUCUCUCUCUUCCUUGCCUCCGUACUUUGCCCAACUCUAUGCGAGUGGUGUGACGCACUUUAAGAUCUUCUUACCGUGGACUCAUAUCUUGCCUCUGGGGAAUGCCCAGAACCCCAAUGAGAUGAAUGUUGAGUGCUAUAGACAACUUCUCAGAACUCUCAGAGCAGCAAAUCUUAAAUCGAUUUUAAUUCUACAUCAAAGACAUCUGCCAAAAUCUUUGGAUCAGUCAAGGACUUUCACUGAUCUUUUUGUGGAAUAUGCAGACUUUAUCUUUGGGUCUUUUGGUGAUUUGGUUGACACCUGGCUCACUUUCAGCAGUCUGCCUGAGAUGGCAGAAGGAUUGCCUCAUGAGGACCUGCUUUCCUCGCCAUGGCAGGCCCUAGCUUCAGCACACAGAGGAGCUUAUAAAAUCUACCAUGAAAAAUACUCUUCAGAAGAUGGAAAAAUGUCCAUUGCGCUAGAUGUUAGUGAUGCUGGACUGGUGCUACCAGAAUCCUUCCUAGCUUCAGUUUUGGAUACUCUAGAUUUUCUGUCUCUCAAUCUCCAGUACAACUGUGAGAGGGAAGUAGGUUUCCAAAAGAUGCUGAAUGAAUUGCAGCAUGUCACGAAAAAGAUGGAAGUGUUACUCUUCUCUUUAAAAUUCCAUGAAUGUUCUUCCAUGCAAGAAGAUCCAUUUGUAACAGUGGCUUCCAUCUUUAGUGCUAUUAAUAAAAAUCAAGUAUUGGCAAUAGGAUAUGAUAUGCAGGACUUCCUGGACAGUUCAUCCAUUCAAACAGCUCGCUUCUACACAGAAAAUUUAGCCAGCCAACCAAAGCCGAAGGAAGCGAUAAUACCUGCCAUCACCCACCCUUCAUCUUAUCAAAAGAUUUGGGAAAAAUUUGUUAACCAGUCUGAGUCAGACAGGGAUUACUUUAUGCACAAUGUUUUUCCAAAUGAUUUCCUCUGGGGUACAUCAACUGGAUCCUUUAAUAUUGAAGGAGGCUGGGAAGAGGAUGGAAAAGGAGAGAGUAUUUGGGACAGAUUUGGGCAUCAGGGAUAUGUCCACAUGAAUCAAACAGCCGAUAUUGCAUGUGACAGCUACCACAAGAUAGAGUACGAUGUCUACCUGCUCAGGGGCCUUCAGCCAAAUAUCUAUAAAUUUUCUCUGUCAUGGCCUAGGAUUUUCCCCAAUGGCUACAGGAACAGCUUAAAUCCUCAAGGAGUAAAUUACUACAACAAACUCAUAAACAAUUUGCUAGAUUCUCAUGUUGAACCUAUGGUGACUUUGUUUCACUGGGAUCUGCCACAAGCUUUGCAAGAUCUUGGUGGCUGGCAAAAGGAGAGCAUCAUAAGUGCUUUUGCAGACUAUGCAUCAUUCUGCUUUGCCACAUUCGGGGAUCGGGUUAAACUCUGGGUUACCUUCCAUGAACCCUGGGUCAUUAGUUAUGCUGGCUAUGGCACCGGGCAGCAUCCCCCAGGAAUUGCUGAUCCAGGAAUGGCAUCUUAUCAGGUAGCUCAUGUUAUUCUCAAGGCUCAUGCUGAAGCAUGGCAUAUUUAUGACAACUCCUAUCGUUCCAAACAACAUGGGCAAGUAGGCAUAGUGCUGAAUUCCGACUGGGCUGAACCCAAGUCCCCAGGAAAUCUUGAGGAUGUGAAAGCAGCAGAGCGCUACUUGCAUUUCAUGUUGGGUUGGUUUGCUCACCCUAUAUUUGUUAAUGGUGAUUACCCAGACAUCUUGAAAUCACAGAUCCAACAGAAGAAUCAGCAGUGCUCAACUCUAAUUGCCAGUCUGCCCGAGUUUAGUGACCAGGAGAAGCUGUUAAUAAAUGGGACUGCUGACUUCUUCGGUCUUUCCCAUUACACUUCCUGGCUUAUUAGUGAUGCUUCAGCCAAUCACAGCUGCGCUCCAAGCUAUGAAAAUAUUGGGGAUUUUUCCCAAGACGUUGACCCUUCUUGGCCUCAGACACCAUCUCCUUGGAUCUCUGUAGUCCCUUGGGGAUUGAGACGACUGCUGAACUUUGUGUCUCAAGAAUACACAGGGACAAGAAUCCCAAUUUUUAUAGGAGGGAAUGGUGCACCGACUGAUGGAGAUGAUUUUAUUAAUGACACGAAGAGAUUGGAUUACUUUCGUCUUUAUAUCAAUGAGGCUUUAAAAGCUAUAAGAAUAGAUGCCAUUGCUGUUCAGUCAUACAUUGCCCGAUCUUUGCUUGAUGGUUUUGAAGGCUCAGCAGGUUAUAGUAAAAAAUUUGGCCUCCACCAUGUGAAUUUUGAAGAUGCAAACAGACAAAGAACACCAAAAGAAUCUGCCUAUUUCUUCUCCACUGUUAUUGAAAACAAUGGGUUUCCUACUACAGUCAAGGAAAAAUAUCUUCAGCCAUUCAGAAAGGACAUGCCCAUGUUUCCAAGAUUACCUAGCUUACCAGCUUCUGAAGUUCCCUCAAAAGCAAAAGUAGUUUGGGAAAAAUUCUCAAACCAGACUGAUUUUGAAAGAGAUUUGUAUUUUUAUGGCACCUUCCCAGAUGAUUUUCUGUGGGGCGUUUCCUCUUCUUCUUUCCAAAUUGAAGGUGGUUGGGAUGCAGAUGGGAAGGGCCCUAGCAUCUGGGAUAACUUUACUCAUGUUCCAGGGAAUAUUAACAACAAUGAUACUGCAGAUGUAGCUUGUGACAGCUACAACAAAGUAGAUGAAGAUCUUUAUUUACUGAGAGCCUUAAGAGUGAACACCUAUCGCUUUUCCAUUUCAUGGCCUCGAAUUUUUCCCGAUGGAAGAAACCACUCCAUAAAUAGCUAUGGUGUUGAUUAUUACAAUCGGCUGAUAGAUGGUCUGCUGGCAACAAAUAUCACACCAAUGGUCACUCUUUACCAUUGGGAUCUGCCCCAAGCUCUGCAAGACAUUGGUGGCUGGGAGAAUCCAAUAUUGGUUGAGCUAUUUGAUAGUUUUGCAGACUUCUGUUUUCAGACCUUUGGAGACAAGGUCAAGUUCUGGAUUACGUUCAAUGAGCCUCUCAUGAUUUCAUGGUUAGGCUACGACGUGGCAAUCUUCCCACCAAAUGUGAAAGGUGAUCCAGGUUAUGCACCCUAUAAGGUUACUCAUACAAUACUGAAAGCUCAUGCUAGAGUCUACCACACCUAUGAUCAGAAAUACAGAGAGAGUCAGAAAGGUGUAAUUUCUUUGAGUCUCAACAUUGACUGGGUUGAGCCAAAGACCCUUAGUGAUCCCCGGAAUGUGGAAGCAGCUGAUCGUUUCCUGCAGUUCCAGGCAGGAUGGUUUGCACACCCAAUUUUUAAAAAUGGUGACUACCCAGAGGCCAUGAAGUGGAAAGUGGGGAACAGGAGUGAGCUACAGAAACUGCCAUCAUCCCGACUUCCAGUUUUCACAGAAGAAGAAAGAGAAUAUAUUAGAGGUACAGCUGAUGUAUUCUGCCUGAACUAUUACACCUCACAGAUUAUAAAGCAUACGACAACCAGGCUAAACCCAUACUCUUAUGAGAAUGACCAAGAGCAAGUACUGGAAAGUGACCCUUCUUGGCCUACCUCAGCACUGGAAGGAAUGAGAGCAGUGCCCUGGGGGCUUCGGAGACUGCUAAACUGGAUCAAAGAGGAAUAUGGCAAUCCUCCCAUUUACAUUACUGAGAAUGGGGUUGGGAUAAAAACUAAGUCUGAUAUUGAUGAUUCCAGCAGGAUCUUUUACUAUAAAACUCACAUCAAUGAAGUUUUGAAAGCUUACAAACUGGAUGGGGUGAAUCUUCGAGGCUAUGUUGCUUGGUCUUUCAUGGAUAAUUUUGAAUGGCUAAAUGGCUAUGACCCAAGAUUUGGGCUGCACCAGGUUGAUUUUAACAAUCCAAACAGGCCAAGAACCCCUAAACGUUCUGCUAUAUAUUAUGCUGACCUCAUACGCAAGAAUGGAAUUCCACUGCCAAAAGAGGAGGAAUUUCUUUAUGGAGAAUUUCCAAAUAACUUUUCUUGGAGUGUGGCAUCCGCAGCAUACCAGAUUGAAGGCGCCUGGAGAGCAGAUGGGAAAGGCCUCAGCAUUUGGGACCAGUUUGCUCACACACCAUUGAAAAUCAGCAAUGAUGAAAAUGGAGACAUUGCUUGUGACAGCUACCACAAGUUAGAAGCAGACUUGGCUAUUCUGAAAAACAUCAAAGUGACUCAUUAUCGUUUUUCCAUUUCCUGGCCUCGGGUCCUCCCUGAUGGAACUACUAAGUAUAUAAAUGAAGCGGGUCUAAGUUACUAUGAAAGGCUUGUGGAUGCUCUCCUAGCAGCCAAUAUCCAGCCACAGGUAACUAUUUACCAUUGGGACCUCCCUCAGGCUCUUCAAAAUUAUGGAGGGUGGGAAAAUGAGACCAUAGUUCUGAGGUUCAAAGAAUACGCAGAUCUUCUCUUUCGGAGACUUGGAGAUAAGGUGAAAUUUUGGAUAACUUUAAAUGAACCCUAUGCCAUUGCGAAUAUUGGUCAUGGCUAUGGCGUGUCUGCUCCAGGAAUCUCUUUUAGACCAGGUCGAGCUCCUUACAUAGUGGGUCACAACUUAAUCAAGGCCCAUGCAGAAGUUUGGCAUCUCUACAAUGAAACUUACCGUCCAAACCAAAAAGGGCUGAUUUCUCUUUCCAUCAGUAUAGAAUGGGCUGAACCAAAGAACCCUUACAAGCAGGAAGACCUAGAUGCUGCCAGGCGAUAUGUCCAAUUCUUUGCUGGCUGGUUUGCUCAUCCAAUCUUCAAAACUGGUGACUAUAGUGAUGUGAUGAAAAGGAGAAUACAAGAGAGAAGCCAAGGUCGAUCACGACUCCCUGAAUUUACUGAAGAUGAAAAGCAGAGGAUUAAAGGCACCUUUGACUUCUUUGGCUUGAAUCAUUAUACCACAGUAUUGGCAUCCAAUUUAAACUAUCCUUCUUUUAUUUCAUCCUAUGAUGCAGAUAGGGGUGUUGCCUCAAUAACAGACCGCAGCUGGCUGGGCUCUGGCUCCUUUUGGUUGAAGGUGACCCCCUUUGGCUUCAGAAAGGUCUUGAACUGGAUCAAGGAAGAAUACAAUAAUCCACCUAUUUUUGUGACUGAGAAUGGGAUUUCGGAACGUGGAGAUGAUGGCUUCAAUGAUACAUGGAGAAUACAUUAUUUAAAGAGUUACAUCAAUGAAGCUUUAAAAGGAGUUGUACUUGAUGAUGUGGAUCUGCGAGGCUACACGGUAUGGACCUUGAUGGACAAUUUUGAAUGGGCAGUGGGCUUUGCAGAAAGGUUUGGAUUGCAUUACACCAACUACACAGACCCAGCUUUACCCAGGAUUCCAAAGGAGUCUUCUAAAUUUUAUACAUCCAUCAUUCAGUGUAACGGUUUUCCAGAUCCAGCCACUGGUCCUCACUUGUGCUUAGAGUCACAAUCUGAAGGCACCACGCCUAUGCCUACACCUACCAUGCCUACUGCAACUAUGGAGAAGGUGCCCUUUUUGGGACUGGACUUGACUUUAUCUGAUGCGAAAGUAGCUCUUUAUGUGCUGUUUGUCCUAUUGCUGACAGCUACAUUAGGUCUUGUUCUUUUAUCCUAUGCAUAUAGAAGGAUGACCAAAAAAGUCCACAAAAAUGCACUCCCAAAGCAAAGUAAAAUGUAAAAUAUAUUACAAUUUUGAUUUUAAUAUCUAAAGUGACUGAAAUGUAUCAAUUUUAAACUGAUCUAGAUUUACAGCUGAUUCAGCAACCCUCUCUAGUACCAGUGCACUACAACAGAAAAUACUGAAGAAAGAAGUUUGGUUUCUCAUUAUAAUGUUUUGUACAACGAACUGGUACUAUGGUAGUCUUCUGGAUCCCACAAUGGACUCUCAUUUUUACUUACCACCAGCUCACUGUAAAUUCUUGGUCGUUAUGACCUCCCUGUCUUGGGCGAGGCAUCAGUUGACACUUCCCAUGUACCUUUCUGUAUCAUAAGUUAGAUAA